UCCAACGGCCGGCGGCCGGCGGCGAGCGCGGCGGCGGGUGGCGGGGCCCCUCGGGGCGGGCCCAGCCGGGCGGGCGGUGACCCCCGCGGUCCUGCGCCCCAAAGCCUUCAGACCUGCUGGUUGAGCGCGGAGAGCGCAGAUUAAAAAUCAAGAAAUAUAAGCCAGAUGUAGCAGUUUGUUGACAUGGAGAACCAAGGCCAUAAUGCAAUGGGAACUUCUCCUUGUGAGGCUGAGCUUCAAGAAUUAAUGGAACAAAUUGACAUCAUGGUAAGCAACAAAAAAUUGGACUGGGAAAGAAAGAUGCGGGCUUUGGAGACACGGCUGGAUCUUCGAGAUCAAGAGUUGGCAAGUGCACAAAAUUGUUUGGAUCAGAAAGGUCAAGAGGUGGGUUUACUUCGACAGAAAUUGGACAGUCUGGAAAAAUGCAAUUUAGCAAUGACUCAGAAUUAUGAAGGACAACUACAAACCCUAAAAGCUCAAUUUUCCAAACUAACAAAUAGCUUUGAAAAACUGAGAUUACACCAGAUAAAACAAAACAAAGUUCGACGAAAAGAAUUACCACACCUCAAAGAAGAAACAGCCUUUGAACUGAGCAAUUUGAACCAGAAAUUAGAGGAAUUUAGAGCAAAGUCAAGAGAAUGGGACAAGCAAGAAAUACUGUACCAGACUCAUCUGGUUUCUUUAGAUGCUCAACAAAAAUUAUUAUCUGAGAAGUAUAAUCAAUUUCAGAAACAGACACAAAAUUACCAAACUCAACUAAAUAGUAAAAAACAAUGUGUAGAAGAUGGCAGCUCUGAAAUUCCUCGUUUGAUGUGUGAACCAGAACCCAGUUGUGAUACCAGUGGAAGAGAUGAGUUCAUUAUUGAAAAAUUGAAAUCAGCUGUGAGUGAAAUAGCGCUAAGCAGGAAUAAGUUACAAGAUGAAAAUCAGAAGCUCUUACAAGAACUGAAAAUGUACCAAAGACAGUGCCAGGCCAUGGAAGCAGGACUCUCAGAGGUGAAAAGUGAGUUACAGUCACGCGAUGAUCUGUUGAGAAUUAUAGAAAUGGAACGAUUGCAGUUACACAGAGAAUUAUUAAAAAUAGGAGAGUGCCAAAAUGCUCAAGAAAAUAAAAAGAGAAUUGAAUCAUCUUACUCACCUUCUAUUAAAGAAUUGGAAAAGAAAAGGAAGGAGCUGUUUUCAACCGUCCAAGAUCAAGCAGCUCAUGAAAAAGAAUUGAAUAAGAUGAAAAGCCAGCUCCAGCAGGAGGAAGAGUACCAUACCUCUGAGCAGGAAAGGAUGAGGAGUGAAAUCUGUGCCCUAACCGAGGAGCUGCAUCAGAAGGAGAUUACUAUAGCAACUGUCAUGAAGAAAGCUGCCCUUCUGGAAAGACAGUUAAAAAUGGAAUUAGAAAUAAAAGAAAAAAUGUUAGCAAAACAACAGGUUUCAGAUAUGAGAUUUAAAGCUGCCAGAACCGAAAACACACAUCUAAAAGGAAUGAUGGGAGAUUUAGACCCUGGACCUUAUAUGAGUAUGGACUUCACUAACAGGGAACAUUCCAGGCAUACAUCUAUUAACAAACUGGAAUAUGAGAAUGAAAGGCUCCGAAAUGAUCUUGCAAAACUUCAUAUCAAUGCUAAAUCAGCCUGGACUAACCAGAAUACCUACGAAGAAGCAGGGAGCUACGCCUAUCCAAGCCAAAUGAAAGUGGAAAGAAAUGAAGAUAGCAUCAAUAGUCAUUCAGAAGCGAAACUGAGUUGAGAAAGUUUCUACCACUGCUCAAGGAGAAGCAGAACGCAGCAGGUUGAUCACUUCUACACCAGGAAACCAUAAGCAGUUCACAGAACAGGGAGUUGACUGGGAGAAGGUAGCACGGUUUGUGAAGGGGUCUUGUUCCACGCCUACAGACAUUAUCUUGUGGCCCAGGGGAAAUUCAGUGGAGACACAGGACUGGAUGUACCUAUUAGAUAAUGCUGAAAACCGUGGAAAGUUGAGUCAAGUCUCAAGCGGACAGAACUCUGCUUCCCAUCAAAGCAACCAGUUCCUGCUAUGCUGCAGAAUUAAGCGUCGGCCUUGGAAUGGGGCCUGUGCAAAAGCUGACUGGACAUAUCAGCUUGUGAAAGGAUAUUCAAAGCCUUCUGAAAUAAUUUUUAAGAUAGCUUUUAAAUUGAUAUACGUAGCAUUUUAUGCAAGGUGAUUUUAUGAAGUAUUUGAAUAGCUAUAUUCUGGAAGACGAACUUGUCAGAUAUAAAGAUGAUUUAAAACAAAAGUACUUUACUUCAUAAUGGAGUCUUCCCUUUCAAUCUCUACAUUUUAUUGAUCUUAUAAUAAAAAGAAUGUUCCUAUAUAAAUUUUAGUAAUUAAUAUCAUAAAAAUGUAUCUAUACAUCCAAAGCAAAAUAGAUAAUUAAUAUAAUUAUUUAGGUAAUAUAGGACAGAUAAUACUUUGCCUGAAAUCUAUCUCUGUAUACCUGGGAUUAUAGAGAGACCUCUACUUCUUGAAUCACUUCUAUAAUUGUCUUAAUUCUUUUCCACUGUGGUUUGAAGUAUCAAUAGUAGCCUCACUCAAAUUAAAAGGUUCAGCUAAAGAUUAUAUGCAGAUGUACUGUGCAAUUGUUAUAAUUCUAUUUGAAUCGCAAGAUGUUUCAUCUUACUGUGCACAUCAUAAACCAUGUUAUUUCAGUUUAAUUUGCUGUUCUGUUUCCAUGGUAAUUAUGGUUUGGGAGAAUGGGGGAAAAAAUGAAAAGAUAUAUUUCAAGAUAAAUAAAAAUGGAAAACAUGUAGUGUUUGGUUUUAUGUACUAAUUUACAGAUGCUUCACUUAAUUUUUAUUACUAUUUGUAUGCAUGAUUUGAAAAUGUGUGCAUAAUAAGAAAUAAGUCCAUAUAAAUUAGAUAGUGUUGUUUUUGGAUAAGAACAGUUAAAAAUGUGAAUUUUUUAAACUGGGUUAAAAAAAUGAAGGCUUUAAAAAAUGGCUAAUCAAUACCCAUGGGGAAUUUGAAUUAUUAGUAAAAAUAAAUAAUUUUAAAUUGAAGGAAUUUUUGUUUUGAUGGUCUUUGAUGAAUUGAUUACAUCUAAACCCCAUUUUCAUGAAUGACAUGUAUUUAAUCCCAAACAGCCUGUAUGGUCAGGACCCUUUUUAUAAAAUUUUAGGGUAAAUUGGUUUGAUUAUUUGUUUUAUUCAUUUGUUUAGUCCGCAAACCAAAAUUUAAAAUUUCACUGUUAUUUUUUUCAUUCUCAUCUUCUACCCUGUA